AUGGAGUCUAGCAUCCGGCGCCUCUUCAGGGCCCGCCGCACCUGCUGCGAGAUCUUAACUGACCGCGGCUAUUUGCUGCCAGCCCAAGAAAUGGCGGAAGGGUUUGCAGAGUUUGCGCAGCGCUUCAACGAAAACGAACAGUCGCGUUCGCGCAUGCUGCUGAUUGCUUCCCACAAAGCAGACCCUGAGGCGAAGCUAAUUGUCUACUUUGCAGAUGAAACCAAGAAGACAGGAGUCAAGCCCAUUCGAGA